AUGAGCCCUCAGUUCCUGGCGCUUGAGCGUGGUGACGACGCCUCGCACGGCCCGCCGCAGCGACGGGCCAACCAUAGACCUGACGAGGCAGUCCCGCGCAUCAAGAGAUGGGCUCCCAAAGUGAAGACUGGCUGUACAACGUGUCGCACGCGCCGCGUCAAGUGCGACGAGGCCAAGCCCGCCUGUGCCCGAUGCACAUCGUCCAAGCGCAAAUGCGGCGGCUACCUCGAGUACGCCUCGCCGCCGCAACGGGCCUCGCCCGCGUCGUCCAUUGCCGAGCAGCCCACGUUGUCGUCGGCGCCGCAUGGGCACACCCCCACGGAGCACGAGCGACGCAUGUUUCACCUGCUCCGGACGCUGACGGUCCGCCAGGUCCACGGCGGCAUCAAGUGCGGCUUCUGGACCACGAAUCUCCUGCAGGCCACGUACGUCUAUCCCGCCAUCUGGCACGCUGCGCUCGGGCUCGCCGCCAUGUACCAGCGGGCCAUGAUGCUGCUCCACGAGGGGCGGUCGCGCAGCGCCCAGGAGUACAACACCUUUGCCCUCCAGCAGCUCAGCAUAUCCUGCAGCUACAUCAUCACCAUGAACCACAGCACCGUGUCCGGCGCCGAGCAGGAGAUGCUGCUCACCGCGAGCGCCCUGUACACCGGCAUAUGCCUGCUGCGCGCCGACCUGCACCAGGCGCUGUCGCACGCCGCCGGUGCCGCCAAGCUGUCCAAGCAGUGGAACUUUUUGGACCACAAUGUCGACAGGCAGGUGACGGAAGGGGUCAUUGGCCGCGUGCAUACCCAGCAGCUCCUCCGCGAUGUGUAUCACUCGUUCCACUCCAUAGGUAGCUUCUCCGAGGACAUUAUCGCGCACUUCCAGGCGUUUGUCUGGCACAUCACGGAGCCCUUUGCGUCUGUAGAUGAGGCGUAUUAUGCGUACUUGAAUAUUCACUCCGGCUGGGCGCGGAUAAAGAGCUGGGAGCCGACGCACGGCAUGAUCCGCGGGGCCUCGCCGUCGCCCGGCCAGAUGCAGGUGCGGCAGCACGCGCUCAACCUAUGGCGGCUCCGCUUCGAGGGCUACCUGGAGCGCGGCGCGUACGCGGAAGAGCACGUGGAGACGAUUGAGCUGCUGCGGCUGUUUCAUCUCUUUGAAGACACGUUUGACAUGCUCAUGAUCCACCGCACGCCCGAGAUUUGGGUCCGGAACGCGCACCGGUGGGAGCGCAUUGUGAAGAUGGCCGAGCGUCUGCUGGGGAGGCAAAGCGCGCGCGACGACGCCGGGCCGGGCUCGCAGGGUAUAUUCUUCUACUCGCUCUCGGUGCACGAGGUGCUGCGGAUGACGGGCUUCAUCUGCCGCAGCGGCGCGAUCCGGCGGCGCAUCAUCCAGCUGCUGCAGCAGUGGCGCCACCUCGACGGCCUGUGGGACAAUGACCUGUCGUGGCGGCUGGUCGAGGCCAAGAUGCUCAUGGAGGAGGCGGCCGUGGCGGCGGACGCGCCGGCCGCGUGCGAGUGCGUGCCCGGUGUGUUUUUUUGCAUGGAGCACCGCGUCGCGUAUGUCAAAAUGGACUUGCCCGAGGAGGGCGGACUGCGCGCCCAUAUGAAGACGGGUAAGCAGCUCAGGCACGGACUGCCGGGGCAGAAGCUGUGGAUUGAGCUGGGACGGUGA